AAAAAAAAAAAGAAAAAAAAAGAAAGAAGUUUGUGUCUAAAGAGAAAAUGAUAGGUGUGCACAAAAAGUUUCUUCUGUGAUUUCAUAAUAAUAAAUAAUAAAAUUUAAAAAUAAAUAAACAAAUCGCAGUGAGUGCAAAAUAUAUAAAUUUGUUUUUAAUAAAUAUUAAUCCCGAGGGAUUAUAUUUUCAAUUUGUUUAUCUGUUUUUUUCUUUUUUCUUUAUUAGUGUGUUGUAUGUGUGUUUAGCUCAGUGCCUGAACAACAGGCCACCAAUAAGGUGUACUCAGAAAUUCACAUAAGUCAUAGCAAAAGAUAGAAAGAAUAAAUUUAUACCUAUAUUCACAAAUAUUAAUUGUAAAAAGAAUAUAAGGAUUCAUCAUUGUGUCUUGUUGAAACAAUAAACUAAAGAUAGUUUUGAAUAUAAAAUAAUUGAAUAAAAAAGUGUAAACAUCAGAGAGUCCAAGCAUCAUUAAGUCCCCAAAGCAAGUGCGGGGGCAUUAAACGGCCGCAGAAAUUGGGCGAAUCGCAAGCAAGUAUCAAACGUCGUCGUCGUCGUCGUGUGGUAAAUUAACGUCGUCGACGAGUCGCCGCAGUAGUAACAACAGUGUUGAUACUAUCACGGAAGAAAAUAAAAAUUCAUCAACAAUAAAAGAUCAACAAAAUUGUGAGGAUACAACAGAUAAUUCAUUGAUAAAAAAAUCGCCGCAAUUGACGGCGCAUGAGACAUCGGUUUUAUUACCGAUCAAAAAUCUUAAUAAUAACCAAGUUACCUCGACGGCGCGCGUCGUCCGCGAGGUACAUUGCACCGACAAAACGACCAUCAAUAUUGGUGUCGCAAUGAACCACGUCAAUGAUCAGGAUAGUUUAAAACAACUUAAUUUAGCGCCUUUAAUUGGCCUAACGCCUAGUGAAGUUGAAGAAAUGGAUACUCAAGAAGAAACACCCAAUGAAGGAGGUGGUGAUGGUAAUGACAUUCGACCAGUUAAUGGUGAAGAAUAUGAGCUUGCUGAUAUUAGUGACAUGCCUGGAUCUAUUAAUUUGGAUCAAGAAAUGAAUGAUGAUGAAGCAAGAUCAGAAGCAACAUUUCCAUAUGUUGUUGAAAAUGUAUCAAAAAUGGAAUCGCAAUUAUCACAACCUUGCUAUGUACGUAAUUUACCAUGGAAAAUAAUGGUUAUGCCACGUACAAGUCAAAAUUCAGAACGACAACCUCAACGUUCAUUGGGAUUUUUUUUACAAUGUAAUGGUGAUAGUGAAUCAACGUCUUGGAGUUGUUAUGCUGUUGCUGAGUUACGUCUUUUAUCUGUCAAAGAAGGCCAAGAACCAUUUAGCAGAAAAAUACAACAUCUUUUUUAUAAUAAAGAAAAUGAUUGGGGUUUUAGUCAUUUUAUGUUAUGGUCUGAUGUAUUGGAUCCAGAUAAGGGAUACAUUAAAGAUGACAAAAUAACCCUUGAGGUUCAUGUUGUUGCUGAUGCACCACAUGGUGUUAGUUGGGACAGUAAAAAACACACUGGUUUUGUUGGUUUAAAAAAUCAAGGUGCAACAUGUUAUAUGAAUUCACUUCUUCAAACACUUUAUUUUACAAAUCAAUUAAGAAAAGCUGUUUAUAAAAUGCCAACUGAAAGUGAUGAUUCAAGUAAAAGUGUUGCAUUAGCAUUACAAAGAGUAUUUCAUGAAUUACAAUUUUGUGAUAAACCAGUUGGUACUAAAAAAUUAACAAAAAGUUUUGGCUGGGAAACACUUGAUUCAUUUAUGCAACAUGAUGUACAAGAAUUUUUACGUGUUUUAUUGGAUAAAUUGGAAAGUAAAAUGAAAGGUACAUGUGUUGAAGGUACAGUGCCAAAAUUAUUUGAAGGUAAAAUGGCAUCAUACAUUAAAUGCAAAAAUAUUGAAUAUUCAUCAACACGAGUUGAAACAUUUUAUGAUAUACAAUUAAAUAUCAAAGGAAAAAAAAAUAUUUAUGAAUCAUUUAAAGAUUAUAUUAGUACUGAAAUACUUGAUGGUGAUAAUAAAUAUGAUGCUGGUGAACAUGGUCUACAAGAUGCUGAAAAAGGUGUUAUAUUUCAAUCAUUUCCACCUGUAUUGCAUUUACACUUGAUGCGAUUUCAGUAUGAUCCAGUUACAGAUUGUUCAGUUAAAUUCAAUGAUAGAUUUGAAUUUUAUGAAAAAAUUAACCUUGGUGAAUAUUUGCAAGCUCACGAGCCAAAAAAUGCAAAUUAUACAUUACAUGCAGUACUUGUUCAUAGUGGUGAUAAUCAUGGUGGACAUUAUGUUGUAUUUAUUAAUCCGGCUGGUGAUGGAAAGUGGUGUAAAUUUGAUGAUGAUGUUGUAUCACGGUGUACAAAACAAGAAGCAAUUGAACACAAUUAUGGUGGUCAAGAUGAGGAUAUGUCAAUGGCUGUAAAACAUUGCACAAAUGCAUACAUGUUGGUGUACAUACAAGAUUCCGAACUUGCUAAUGUUCUUCAAGAAGUCAAAGAAGAGGAUAUACCUCAAGAGCUGGUGGAGAGGCUACAAGAGGAAAAGAGGCUGGAACAAAUACGACGAAAGGAAAAAAACGAGGCAUAUUUAUAUAUGACUGUUAAUGUCCUACUCGAGGACAGCUUUGAUGGUCAUCAGGGUAAUGAUCUCUACGAUCCAGAACAUGCAUUGUAUCGAGUAUUUCGUGUUCGUAAAAAUGCAACACUUAAUGAUUUUAUUGAAUUACUCAGUGACACAUUGAAAUAUCCAGUUGAACAAAUAAGAGUUUGGCCAUUUAGUGCACGUACAAAUCAAACAUGUAGACCAACAUUAAUUGAACCAGAGGCAGAUCAUCAAAAAACAAUGACAGUUUGUUCAGAAAAUGCAAAUCCUUGGAAUGUAUUUGUUGAACUUGUACCACCAGAUUCUGGACUUACAACACUUCCACCAUUUGAUAAAGAUACUGAUGUUUUAUUAUUCUUUAAACUUUAUGAUCCAAAAAAUAAAAAAAUUCAUUAUGCUGGUCAUCAUUAUAUGCCAGUUACAGCUAAAGUUCAGGAACUUAUUCCAAUCUUAAAUGAAAGAGCUGGUUUUUCACCAGAUACUGAAUUGAUAUUAUUUGAAGAAAUAAAACCAAAUAUGGUUGAAAAAAUAGAUAAUUUAACUGAACCACUUGAAAAAGUAUUGGAAGAAUUAAUGGAUGGUGAUAUUAUUGUAUUUCAAAAAGAUGAAAGAGACAUGGAAUUAUAUGAGUUACCAACAUGUCGUGACUACUUUAAAGAUUUAUUUUAUCGUGUAGAAGUUACAUUUUGUGAUAAAACAAUACCAAAUGAUCCUGGUUUUACAAUGGAAUUAUCACUUAGAAUGACAUAUGAUCAAAUGGCUAAAGCUGUUGCACAAAGAGUUGGUACUGAUCCAUUUUUAUUACAAUUUUUUAGAUGUCAAAAUUAUAAAGAUUUACCAGGACAUCCAUUAAAAUGUACAUUUGAAGGAUCAUUAAAAGAUCUUGUUGCAUAUUGUAAACCAUCAGUUAAAACUAAAAAAAUUUUUUAUCAACAAUUAAGUAUUCGUGUUAAUGAACUUGAAAAUAAAAAACAAUUUAAAUGUAUUUGGGUUGGUCCAUCAUUAAAAGAAGAAAAAGAAAUAAUAUUAUAUCCAAAUAAAAAUGGUACUGUUGCAACAUUAUUGGAAGAAGCUAAAAAACAAGUUGAAUUUUCAGAAAAUGGUUCUGGUAAAUUAAGAUUACUUGAAGUUAAUUGUAGUAGAUUAUUACCAGGACCUCGAGAAGAAACAUUACUUGAUAGUUUAAAUACACUUGGUACAAAAGCAUUCAGAAUAGAAGAAAUACCAAAAGAUGAAUUAACACUUGCUGAUGAUGAAAUGCUUGUACCAGUUGCACAUUUUCAUAAAGAUAUAUUUUCAACAUUUGGAAUACCAUUUAUGUUUAAAAUUAAACAAGGUGAACCAUUUACAAAAGUUAAAGACAGAUUAUUAAAAAAAUUAGGUCUACAAGAAAAAGAAUUUGAAAAGUUUAAGUUCGCGAUCGUAAACCUGAGCAAAGCACAGUUCAUCACUGAUGAGACUGACUACUUCAUUAAUCUUUCCGAUUUUCGAUACGUUCCAAAUCAAGGUACACCAUUGCAGAGGCCUUGGCUUGGUCUGGAUCACAUUAACAAAGCACCCAAGCGUCCACGAAUCAACUACCUCGAAAAGGCUAUCAAAAUAUACAAUUAAAUUGCCAUCUUGUGGAAAAUAAAAAUAAUAAUUAUGUUAUUAUAAAUUAAAAUUCGAUUCAGGAAGCCAGUCUUGAUAUUUAUAUGAAAAACUCUUUUAAUCAUUGAUCGUCAAUUUGAAGAUAUUGCGAUAACAAAAAAAAAAACAAACAAACAAACAAAACAACAUGAACAACAAUUAAAUAAAUUU